AUGAGUCAAAGGAAGAGGACCUCUUAUAAAAAACAAGAUCUCGAAGAAGCUGUAUUAGCAUAUAAAAAUAAAGAAAUGACAUCAGUUGAAGCUGCAAAAAAAUAUCAACAAUAUUUGGUAGCCUUAAUCAAAGAACUAGAACAAAUUGGUGUAAGAACAACAAAAGCAUGUACUUUAAAAGUUGCCGGUGAAUAUAUUAGUUUAGUAAAUGGUGGCGGCGCUGUAAAUACUUCUGAUAAGCUUAUAUGCUGCAAUGCAGCGGGUGAAGUAAUGCCACUAUUUAUAAUAUAUGCCGCAAAAUCUUUAAACCAAAUGUGGCCAAAUGGUGGGCCAACUGGUAAUCGCUAUGGAGUGUCAGAUUCGGGGCGGAUCAAUGAAUAUUUAUGCACAACAUGGUUUGAACAUCAUUUUUUACCUCAAACGGUUGGUGUUGAUAAGCCAAUUCUUUUAAUAAUGGAUAACUUACCAGCACAUAUUAGCGUGCAUAGUGAAUGCUCUAGUCUGGUUGAAAGAAAAGUAAAGCAACUAGCCAAGAAUUUGCAAUUUGUUUCAGCAAAACAAGUAUGGAAACGAAUAGUAUCAAAAUAUUUUUCAAAAACGAAUCGAAGUCUAUCAGAAAAAUGGAUUUUCCUGGAUUAA